GCGCUCUAGCUACGGCCACACCAUCACAUUGUAUCGAUUCGGAGCUGAAUAUUUGCAAGUAUUUCAAAGCGCAAAAAUGCGCACCAAAGCGCAGGAGGCCGAAUGAAAACUCCCCUCCGAAACCAGGACAAAAGCAACUACCAUGGAAAUACCCAUACAGGUGGCCGUGCGCAUUUUCCCGCACAGGGAGCUCAAGAAAUUGAAGGACAGUAUCGCCCCCGCAGCUCUUAAACAGGAUGUGAAGGCGGAGGACGAGGGGGCGGACUCCAAGGACACUGGAGAUGAAGUGGCGGGGGUGGAAAAGGAUUGCACGAGUUUGACGGAUACCAACGGGAAUGCCGAGAAGGACAGUGUAUCUGAUCCGAAGCCAAUUGAGGACGCCAAUGGCAACAAUAGCAAAUCAAAGGAUUCGCCGGAGUCCGGAUAUUGCGUCCAGGCUAUUCCCAUCAGCGCCUCCGCCCUCGGAUUGCCCAGUGCUCUGCCAGGCGGCGAUCCCAUGGACAGCAUUGCCGCUGGACUCAUCCAGGUUGGUCCUCACACAGUGCCCGUCACCCACGCUUUGGGCAGUAGCAGCUCCCAGCAGCAAGUGUACCACCAGACGGUCUUUCCGCUUAUCACCCUCUUCCUGGAAGGAUUCGACGCAUCCGUGGUCACCUAUGGUCAGAGGGGCCAGGGCAAGAGCUAUACCCUCUACGGAAAUGUCGAAGAGAACACCGAGAAAGAGUCCGCCGAGGGAGUCGUCCACCUUUGCGUCCGGGACAUCUUUUCACACAUAUCCUCUCACCCAGAACGCACCUAUGCCAUAAACGUGGGUUUUGUGGAAAUAUGCGGAGGUGAGGUCUGUGACCUGUUGGGCAUGGGCAACAUACAUUGCACCAAUGUAGAUGCGGUCUUCCGCUGGCUGCAGGCGGGUCUAUCGGCCCGCCAGUCCUUGCCGGCGCACACCCUGUUCACGCUGACACUGGAGCAGCAGUGGGUGUCCAAGGAGGGACUGCUGCAGCAUCGCCUGUCCACGGCCAGCUUCUCAGAUCUGUGCGGCACAGAACGAUGCGGCGAACCGCAUCCUGGACGACCCCGCGAUGCUGGCUUGCAUAUGUUGGAGCAGGUGGUCAGCACUCUCACGGAUCCCGGACUCAUGUACGGGGUCAAUGGCAACAUUCCGUAUGGCCAGACCACACUCACCACUCUGCUAAAGGACUCGUUCGGCGGACGGGCUCAGACGCUCGUGAUCCUGUGCGUGUCGCCGCUGGAGGAGCACUUGGUUGAGACUCUGGGCAACCUGCAGUUCGCCUUCAAGGUGCAGUGCGUGCGAAAUUUUGUGAUCAUGAACACCUACUCGGACGAUAACACGCUGAUCGUCCGGCCUCCAGAGGCGCUGCCAGUUUCCGAUCCCGGAGCAGGACCUUUGGCACAGGCGGUUUCAGGGGACAAUUUUGGGCUGCAGUUCGCGGCCAGUCAGUGGUCUAAAUUGGUGACCAACGCGGAAGGGCUGUUUGCCAAGUUAAUGGAUUCCAAGCUGAUCAGUGAACUGGAGAAGGAACAGAUCGAGGAAUGGCUCUACCUCAAGCAGGAGUGUGAGGAGUGUCUCAGCUCAACGGAGGCUAUGCGCCAACAGAAGCAGCUGGUUCCAAUUCAGGAGGCCGAGGAGCCGGAAGAUGUCAACUCCGAAGCAGCCAACUCUGAGCCAGCAAACUCUGAGCCAGCGAACUCCGACAACGAAAACGACACGGACAAUGAGUCGCAGCGGCCUGAUCUGGCCGACAAAAUGGAGAGCCUAAUGGAAGAGUUUCGUGACAAGACGGACGCGUUGAUCCUGGAAAGGCACGCAGAUUACCUGUCCAAACACCCCAAGGCGGUUAUGCAAAGUCAAGAACGCGAGAAUGAGGCACAGCCGUCAGUGGAAAACGGGGAAGAUCGCAAGACCAGCAUCGGCGGUCGCAGGAGAAGCAUUCAGCCAGGCGCCAGCUUGAGUACAGCAGAGCUGGCAAUGCUUAAUCGAGUCGCCUCGCAGCAGCCACCUCCGCCCAUCGAUCCCGAGUUGAUCGUCGAUCCUCUGGAAAGUUCCUCGGGCGAGGGUCUCCGUCAGGCGGCUCUCGCUGCCGCCGCCGCCAUUGCUCCUAUCGAGCAGCUGCAGAAGAAGCUACGGAAAUUGAUUGCUGAAAUUGAAGGCAGGCAGCGGCAGUUGCGGGAAAUCGAACAGACGAUCCAGGUGAAGCAAAAUAUUAUUGGCGAAUUGGUCAAGAACAGCGACACUCGCAGCCACGCCAAGCAGCGCUUCCACAAGAAGCGUGCCAAGUUGGAGGCCGAGUGCGACAAGGCCAAGAAGCAGCUGGGUAAAGCACUGGUGCAGGGCCGCGAGCAGCCGGAAAUCGAGCGCUGGACCACAAUAAUUGCGCAUCUGGACCGCCGCCUGGAGGACCUCAGCUCCAUGAAACAUAUUGCCGGAGAAAGCGGACAGAAGGUGAAGAAGCUCCAGCAAUCGGUGGUCGAGUCGCGAAAGCAAGCCGAUGAUCUGGAGAAAAAACUUCGCAAGGAGGGCAAGUUGCGCGAUCAAUUGGAGGCGGAAUUGGCCAAGCUGUGUGAGUCUCGGGACACCGGCAAGGAAUUGGUGAAGACCCAGACGGAUUCUCCAGAGCACCAUGGCCGCCAGUUAAAGGCGGUACAGGCCAGGAUCACUCACCUUAACCACAUACUACGCGAGAAGUCGGACAACCUGGAGGAGCAGCCGGGACCAGCGCAGCAGGAGAGUUUGCGUCACGAGAUCCGCAACCUGCGAGGCACUCGAGAUUUGUUGCUUGAGGAGCGCUGCCAUCUGGACCGCAAGCUCAAACGGGACAAAGUGCUGACCCAAAAAGAGGAGCGCAAGUUGCUCGAGUGCGACGAGGCCAUCGAGGCCAUAGACGCGGCCAUAGAAUUCAAGAACGAGAUGAUCACGGGCCACCGCUCCAUCGACACCAGUGAUCGAAUACAGCGGGAGAAGGGCGAGCAGAUGUUGAUGGCCCGCUUGAAUCGCCUUUCGACGGAGGAGAUGCGUACGCUUUUGUACAAGUACUUCACCAAGGUGAUCGACCUGCGCGACUCUUCGCGAAAGUUAGAGCUGCAGUUGGUGCAGCUGGAGCGCGAGCGGGAUGCCUGGGAGUGGAAGGAGCGCGUCUUGUCCAAUGCCGUGCGUCAGGCUAGACUAGAAGGCGAACGGAACGCCGUGCUAUUGCAGCGCCAGCAUGAGAUGAAGCUUACCCUGAUGCUGCGCCACAUGGCCGAGGAAACGUCGGCCAGUUCGGCCAGCUACGGAGAUCGAGCUCUGGCUCACGCCACUGCAAAUUCUCCAGUGCAGACCAAUAGUGAUUACGACUACGACGAUUUCUACAAGGCGACUGGCAGUAAUCCCAGCAAGGCGCUGGUCAAGGCGCCCAAGCCGUUGCCCACUGGCUCGGCGCUGGACAAGUACAAGGAUAAGGAGCAACGCAGUGGGCGCAAUAUCUUUGCCAAGUUCCACGUGCUCACCAGGUACGCUUCAGCUGCAGCGGCCGGUUCCUCAGGCUCCACGGCUGAAGAAUCAACCGCUUUGAUUGAGUCGACCACUACGGCCACGGCCACCACUACAACCACCACAACUACUACGGGAGCGGUAGGAAAAAUCAAGGAUAAGGCACUGGUCAGCUUCAGGCCGGAGCAGCUUAAGCGACUGAUGCCAGCGCCGACGGCCACGAAGGUUACGCGUCAGAAGAACAAGAUUAUUAUCCAGGAUGCAAGUCGUCGAAAUUAAACACGAAUUUAUCCAUUUCCAGGGCGAUUAUGUCAGGUUAAGCCAAAUAGCCAUAGGCCAUGUAUAGCCAAGUAUCGAAAAUUAGUCACUAUAAUAACAAAGGCGACAUUUAUUAGGGUAACAUACAUUUACACAUUUUUUGUUUAACACCCCCAGCUUAUCUUCGGUAAAAAUGUAGCAUUAUUAGUGAUUAUGAAAACAAGUCGUUAAAAGUUUAAUAGCAUUUAUGUUUCGCCAAAAUAUCCAAAUACGUUCUUCUGUACAAUAUUUUUUCGUAUUUGUCGCCUAUGUUAUUUUAGGGUCUAGAGUUCGAUGUUUUUAGGUGCGUGGCAUGAAAACUCAAAGCCCGGGCACAAGUACUGAACAAGUUUCGUCCACAGUCAUGACACAAAUAGACUCGAUACGGUUCUCAUUCUGACUCCUUAGCUGGAAAGCAUUUAUUUUACAAACCUUUACACAUAUACCUAGCAUAAUAACUAUCCUCAUGAGAUUCAACUGCAAAGACUUGACCUGCUACUUAAGAUACUCGCAAGACAAACCACAUAUACAACUCGCUCAAAGUGUUGAACUUAACUCUCUUCACCGAUUAAUCUGUAAAUAACUUUAAUGCGUUAGCUUACUACUUAAUUUUAAUUAAUUUUGUUAGUUUUAGGUUAGUUGUAAACACUAUUGUGUCUUCCCUUGAAUUUUACUUGACUUUUGUUACUACCCGAAAUACUCGUACUCGAUUACCCAAGUGUUAACUUUUAUAAAAUCUACCAAAAGCAUUUACCCUGUACAACAUCAAUAUAUACACGAUACUCGUACUAAGAUAUAAUACUCAUGUUGCAUUUUAAUUGAAAUUUAAAACUUUUUGGUUGUGUAUAACGUAUUUUUGUUAAUAGAGAUUUCAGAAUAUUCCGAUUAUAUAUCUAUGUAUACAAAAGCAUUCUUAAAAUGAUAUUAAUAUAUGUACUUACAAUAUUAAAUAGUGGAAAAUCGUCUGCACAAUUAAAAGCAUAGAUAUUCCACUAUAAACGCUUGGCAUUGCUUUUGUGUGGAUAUUGUUGGAUAAGCAAAUAAAUAUAUUAAAACAUAAUCAAUAAUUAAAGCGAUUUAUUAUAAAA